ACCUUCCAAGUUUAAACACAACUCGACCCUCCAGUAGUAGUCCCUGCUCCAAAAAUAAAUCGACAACAAUGUUCUCCAAGGUAUUCGUCCUGCUCGCUGCCGUCGCCGUCGGUGUCAACUCGGUGGCAAUUGGCGUGGCCGCUCCAGCUGCCAUUGUAAAGACCGAAGAAUACGACGCACAUCCACAGUACAGCUUCUCGUACGACGUUCAGGAUGCGCUUACCGGAGACAAUAAGCAGCAGCACGAAACCCGCGAUGGAGAUGUUGUGCAGGGACAGUACUCUCUAGUUGAACCCGAUGGCACCCGUCGUACCGUGGACUACACUGCUGAUCCCAUCAACGGAUUCAAUGCUGUAGUGUCCAAAUCCGCCGAUGCCGCAGUUGUGAAGACCGUUGCCGCCGCACCAGCCGUUGUUGCCCACGCUGCGCCUGCCGUUGUUGCCCACGCUGCCCCAGCCAUUGUAGCCCAUCACGCUCCAGCCUAUGCCGUCGCCCAUGCCCCAGCCUACUCCGUCGCACAUGCCCCAGCCUACUCCGUUGCCCACGCUCCGGCUUACUCCGUCGCCCACGCACCGGCCUACUCCGUCGCUCAUGCGCCAGCUAUCAGUUAUGCCCAUGCUCCAUCUCUGGCCUAUCACGCCCCAGCCCUGGUACAUCACGAACCGCUGCUGUCCCACGCGGCAGUGUACCACUAAACAGCGCAGUGAUGCGCGAAGGAAACGCAUCUACGUCUCGAACUUUGCGGCAUUGAAAUGGACUCGGAUCCGGAAGGAACUCUACAAUCGUAGGUUUUAAACAAUGGCUCAAAUUUGUUCUGUUUUGUAGAUACACACACACACACUGGUUGCAACAUAAGAUGAGAUUAUCGAAUAAAGUAUUGUACUGUUAGUCAAUAAAUAAGUUAAACUAAA